AAUAAUGACCACAAAUAGCACAGCUAAUCGCACUCUCAUUGCUUGCUGUCUGUCUUCCUAACUAAAGCACCCCCAAGAACCACUCCAAGCAUCCCCAACUCCAAACUAACUUAGCAGAAACCAUGGACGUUGAGAAUCAUGACUACUCCAGCCAUCGUAGUGAUACUGCUGCUGCCGCUGGAGCCGAACAGAAGCGUCUUCAAGAAAAUGCAGCUCAGACGUUGGCGGCCAAAGAGAACCGCGCUGUGCUCAUGCUAAGGAUCCUGGUCAUGACAUUACUGGCAGUUGCCACGGCUGUGGUCUUGGCUGGAGUCUACACUUUCUCCAGCCAAGCAGAGGAGAAAGGCUUUGAAGAUGGCUUUGCCAUCCAUGCUGCACAGCUCACAAAUACAUUUGGAAGUAUUAUUGAAAGCAAGCUGGUGGCCAUUGGGACAUUCUCAAAUGCCAUUACUAGCUAUGCCAUGGCCACAGAGUCUGAGUUUCCCUUUGUGACACUCCCAGAUUUUGCCGUCAGAGGCUCAGAUGUUCGAUUAUUGGCAGAUGCUAUCAACCUAAUUUGGUGCCCCCUGGUGACAGACGACAACCGUCUGGCAUGGGAGGAAUACGCCUUUUCGAACCGAUAUCAAAGGAACCAGGCAACGGAACAGGACAAUCUGAUGAGACAGGAACAGGAUGAAUACUUCCAACAGCUUGUCGGGCAAGACGAAAGUGACGACAACUCCACCCGAAACCUCGAGGAGGAGGAAGAAGACAACCCCAACAUUUUAAAGGAUGGGAGUGGUUACCACUUGAGAAUCUAUGAACCCCGGGGUGAAACUCCAGAGCCAAAUGGGACUGGUCCAUAUCUUCCUGAAUGGCAGAGAUCACCACUCUCAAAUCAAGUUCAAAAUCACAUCAAUUUUAACUGGGUCACAGGACUUUACAAGGACUUUGACAUUGUCAAUAGACUGAUGGCCAAUCCCAAAGUCCUUAUCAACAAAAUGAGGGUCGUUUCACCAAAGCACCGUGCCUCGUUCACAGGAAGUCUUCGAGCUGGUCACUAUCGGAAUAAAGUGAAUGCCUACUUGGAUGGCCCAAUUACCUUCUUGGCAUACCCUGUGUUGGACAGUUUCAACACAACCACACGCAAGCUGGGUGGGGUCAUCUUGACUAAUCUGUACUGGCAAGUCUACUUCCAGAAUGUCUUGCCCACAAAUGCCCAAGGGAUCCUCUGUGUUCUCUCAAACAGCUUCAACCAGACCUUUUCCUAUCUGAUAAAUGGUCACAAUACAACUGCUCUGGGGCCUGAAGAUUUCCAUGAUCCUCGCUAUGAUCACAUGGCAGUCACACUGGAUGUCACCUCAGAUGUCCAUCGAAAUUCCAAUCCAGAGAAAAUGGGGUACUUGACUGUGCCCUUGGAUGACACAGUCGGUCGUUACAUACUGAAGGUUUACCCUACCGAUGAAACCAGAGAUGAGUACAUUACCAAUAAUCCCAUCAUUUACACUGUGGCGGUUGGAGUGAUCUUUGUCAUCACUGCCCUUGUAUUUGUGCUGUUUGAUACUUGUGUCGAGAAACGGCAAAAGGUGGUGAUGAAACGUGCUGCGGAGUCUGGAGCAAUCGUCGAUGGCUUGUUCCCGGAACAGAUCCAGGAACGCAUAUUUGAAGAUGAACCAAAGUCAGAAAAUGACAACAACAAGAACACCUGGGGACUCUGGAGGAAGUCGAUGGUUGACCUCAAGAAUGAGUCUCUUGAAGCUGGGAAGCAACAGACUUCAUUGGGGCGUCAGAUUGCGGAUGAAUACAAGAGCUGUACCGUUGUCUUUUGUGAUCUGCCUGGAUUCACUGCAUGGUCCUCCACUCGCAGCCCCAAGGAUGUCUUUCAAUUGUUGGAGACUGUCUACAGUGAAAUGGAUGCCAUUGCCCUCAGACGCAAAGUGUUCAAAGUGGAGACCAUUGGUGACUGCUGGCUUGGAGUGUGUGGCUUGCCCAAUCCAAACCCAAAGCACGCCGUUGCCACUGCCCGAUUUGCGGACGACUGCAUGAAGAAGGUUCAUGAACUAGUGGUGUCGCUGUCAGAUCGCCUUGGCGCGGACACAGGUUCCAUUCAGAUCAGAACUGGCUUGCACAGCGGAUCAGUUACGGCUGGAGUGUUGCGUGGACAGAAGUCUCGAUUCCAGCUGUUUGGUGAUACCGUCAACACUGCCAGUAGAAUGGAAACAAAAGGUCAGGCAGGGAGAAUCCAUGCAUCUGAAUCCACCGCCACGGAGCUCAUCGGGGCAGGAAAGGAAAGUUGGCUGACAGCCCGAGAGGACAAGAUUGUCGCCAAAGGCAAAGGAGAAAUGCAAACUUAUUGGAUUGACCCGAGUAUUGACUCGAAAGAUCGUUCCAAGGCAUCCACCGCGACUUCCCAGGAAGACGUUAGCAGCGAGGACAACGUUUCCAGUCGCGCAGUCUCGUUGAAUGCCGCAGCGGCGCACCCGUUGCCUUGAGGCCGGUUGCCUAUGUAUCUCACGGCUGGUGGUCUGCCUACUAGCUAGCUAGCUAGUAUCUCGUUGGGUGUGAAGGCAUUCGCUUUUGGGGGCGAAGGACAGAGGAGCUCUGUCUGUACGUCCUAGCUAGCCAGGCCCACUUUGCGUCUCUCCUGGCACUUCAGUUACAGGAAUGACAAUCAACGCGAGCUAGCUAGCCGUGGACGAAACCUUGACUACAUCGUACCGAAACACAAUUUGUGGCGACAGCCAUACGGUAGGUCAUCUUGAAGACAAAACUACAUGUACAUGUAACUGCAGGCCAAAGAGCCGUCGAAUCCAGCACUGC